AUGACCGUGAGAAACGUAACGGUGGAGUGGGUUCAUCAGGCUUUGGCCACCGAACAGUCGGGGGAUCCAACGAAAGAUCUUCGGACUUGGCGCUCCCACGAGACGUACGUUAACUAUGAGGCGACAACAGCUGACAUCUACAUACUUUUCGCCUACACCCUAGCCAUUAAUGGCAAACUUGGAUGGAUGCUUGGCCAAGCUGCUGCUCGGCUGUCAGCUUCCACUGAAGGAUCCGCGUCUCAUCCAGAUUUGGAUUUGCUGCCCCGAUGGGUGCCGAACUGGACUGUCAAGUACCACCGCCACGCGUUCUGGCUUGAAGGCAACGAUGUCCGCUGGGGACCCUGGGUCAAUCUCGGUAGCGCGAUUGGACCGCCUUUGGUUCACUGCGCCCUUGCUAGAUUUCCUACCUCGUCAGGGGCAUAUGCCUAUCAAAUUCGCACCCGAUUAGGUCGCAUUUUCCGGAGUCAAACUGCCGGCACUGCGGUGGAAGAUUCAUUUGAAUCUGCAGAAGAAGACCGAGUGUGUCCCUUUGUGGUCGCAUGGAAAAGCGAAAAUUUCCCUUCUCAUCAGUCAUCACCAGCGGACGUGGUUCAGUGGAUAAGACGGACUUUUCAGUCUAUCUGGGAGGUAGGACUCUCCAGCAUGAAUACCAAGCUCCAUGGAGAUGACGUCAAAGAACGACUUGCCGGUCGUUACUGUUACGUCCUCGUGGCCGGUGCAUAUAUGUACAGCGACAAGCGUCUUUCCAGCAACCUCAAGAGCGCUGCAGCAGAGCUGGCAGAAUUGGCACAAAAAAUACCGACAAUGGCAACUUUAUCUCAUGAGCAAAGUCCCCGAAGCAUGCUUGACAUGCUCGUUCAUCCGAGUCAAUUUUCGGAUGAUGCCGAAAAGAAGAAGGAUGAACUACUUGCACCCGUCAUCGUCAAACUUCUCAAGGAGAUCAUUUUCGACAAUCCAGAUAUCGCCGUUCCAGGCUGGAAAUGCGUCUUUCAAAUGGUUUCUAUGGCAAUGGAGCAUCGCUGUGUUCUCACCUGCGACGUAGAUAAUCCGCCUGCGGAUGCUUUGCCAUUCGAUAUCGUUGGAAUCGGACCUGACCACAUCGAGCUUGGCGACCGAGUCUUUUCCCUUCCUCUCAGGAGAAAGCACUUCCGUGAUGGAGAACAAUUUGAGCACCCCAUUACGAAAGAAUUCUUUCAAGAUGUAGCGUAUGCGCCCUUGGCAUUCCAAAACGUCUGGGCAGCGACAUACCUCGCGCGCCCUAUGGGUGGAGUCCAUGUCGUCCGCUCCCAACCUGUCGAGGACGGGGCUGAGGCGGAGCAUCCCAAGGUUUUCCAAUUUGUCGGAGAUUGCUUUCUGUCAACAGUGAGAUGGCUUUCACCAAGUCGUGGGCUUAUGCCAAAGGCCUGGCUGUCUUACGAGACGGAGGACAGCGAUGAAGCUGCAUGUCAAAAGGAGUUUGGGGACCGAUACUCAGAUUUUGAUGAGGAUGGUGAGAUAUAUCUUUGCUAA